AUUAUGAUAGUACGUUGUGUUGUCAGGACAACUGAAAGCAUAACAUAUGUCAGUUUGGAUGGAUUCGGCCAUUUAUAUAGCGUUACAGUGUGUCAAAUGUGUAAUAUAACUUAGAAAACAUUUUCUUUUUAGUAAUAAUACGCACCUUAUUGCAUCAUGAGUGAAAGUGUGAAGUUUAUAGUGACAGAAAUAAAUAAAUUAUUAAGACGAAAUUACAAUAUAAUUGGAUUUAAUGCCUUAAGUGCUGAAGAUUUAUUGCAGAUAUUAUGUGAUGUUCUAAUGAAGAUACAACAACAAGAUGGUUUAGAUACUGAUAUUGGAUUGGAUUCCGCGGAAGAACAAUCUAUAUAUAUUUUAACACUUCUUCGAAUACUUAAUUAUCAGCCUGAUGUGGAUCCCGUAACAUUUAGACAAGGUUUAGUUCGAGGUGAAGUUGAAAUUAUUCAUCCUAUAUUGACAUGGCUCUUGAAGCAUACUGAUAUGGUUAAGAAAAGAGCGUAUUUAUCACGCUUUCUUGUCAAGAUAGAAAUUCCACCAGAAUAUUUAGGAGACUCGGAAAUAUCUCUUUUAUACGAACAGUACAUGUCCUUGGUUGAUAAAUUUAAGACAGUUCAUAAAGAAAGAGAAAUAGGAAAGAAGAAUGUUGAAACUGCUGUCGAACUUGCAACGGAUCUACAAGCAAUGGAAAAGGAAAAAGAAGCAGUGACUGCGCGUAUUGGUAAAAUCAAAUCAAAGGCUGAACCUGCUCUUCAUCUAUUGAACGCCUGCAGAUUACUACGAAUAGAAAGAGAUAAAGAACGCGAUUUAAUAUUGGAAAAGGAGCAAGAGAAAGAUACUAUUAUCAAUUUACAAAAUUCCCUUCAACGAGUUGAACGCGAGUUACACGCAUCGAAACGCGAUAGCAUUGGACUCACACCGCAAAUAUUAAUUCAACAUUUAACAGAAGAAGUAACGGUGCAAUCUGCGAUUGUGAAAGAAAAACUUCCAUCUGAAUUGAACGCAAAGAAAAAUUGGAUGAAAGCUUUGUCGAUGGUCAAGGAAUAUUCUUACUUAGGUCCAGAUAAAAUUCUGACCAUGAGAAAUGCCUUGGAUAUAAUAUUAAAAAACAUACAAGAUUUAAUAGAAUCUAAAAUAUCUAAAAACGAUAUUGAUAAAAUGGAGCCAUUUAGACAACAAGCUGCCGCUGUUGGAAAUAUGAAACGUCAUGCUCUUGAACGUUUAGAGAAGAUUGAAAGUUCUUUAGAGGAAUUACAAUUACGAUUAAAAGAAAAGCAAGAUUAUUCAAAGAACUUAUUACAAACAUCGAUUCCUAGAGCAGAGGAAUUAAAAAAAUAUAUCAAUCGUUUGAAAACUAAAAGUACGGUAUAUAAACGCUGCAAAGCAGAAAUAGCGGGCCUAAAAGCGGAAAAUGGUGUACUUCAUCGAACAGCGGCUAUUCUAGAUGCACAGAUUACUCAAUCUUAUCCAACGGAUAUUGUAUCUAAAGUAAUAAUUCCAGAAAAUUAUAUACAAGAGAAUGCAUUAGCAACAAACAGUCAAUUAUCUCAUUCAAUAUUGACCUUGCGUACCAAUCUUGCUCCAGUCAUAAGAGAUACCAAGACAUUGCGACAAACAGCGCGUGAAACUGAUGAAAGAUACCAUAAAGCAUACAAAAGUCAUAAUACAGUAGAAACAAAUAUGAAAAAUACGACGAGCGAUUUAUUAUCUGAAACUAAACAGUUGAAAGACAAAUUGUUAAAGAAUAACGAACAGAAGCAAAAACUACAACAGAAAAUUACAAAAAUGAAGAUUACUGAAGAAAAAUUACGUAGUGAAACAGAGUCUAAUUUUGGUUUUAACAACGCAGAACAAGCAUUAAAACAGGAAUUACAGAAAGCUAUUAUGCAGGAAGAAGAGACUUUAAAAAAUCUAAAUAAGGAACAAGAGAAAAUAAAGGAAUACAUUAUACAAUAUGAAAAUCAAACGCAACAAUGGAAAAAUAUUAUAUCAAUUUUUGUAUGCAAACUUCAAUGUGCAGAAGAAAACAAACAGACUGAUGGCAUAGUUGUACGAAGAGGAGGUGCCGAAACUCUUGUGUUGCAGUAAUUUUGUGUUUAUCGUGCAUAUUC